AUGUCUGAAAACAACAAUUUUGUCCAAACGCUUGAAAAACGCGAAGACUACUACGGUGACCUGGAUUUGAAGAGCAUCAGGAAGAGUGAAUUGCUAGCUGGUCUGGCAAGCAGUGAUGGUGGUAGGAACAAGGACAAAGGUAACACCAAUGCCAACGCCAACAUUCCCAAGAAGCCUAGGCCAGCACCUGCGUCAAGGAACGCCCCAGAACCUCAGGGCAACAACUGAGUAGUGUCUAAGAUUAGUUAGUUUUGAUCAUUUGGACUUUCAAAUUUUCGUGAUUGAAAUGUACUAGUUUCGUCGCUGCCCCUUGGACCGAAAUAGAGUUCAAGAAUAAAAUAGCUGGCGUCUAGGAUCAAUGUUGGACCUUGAUUAUGGCAGAAAUGUUGAAUAGUACGAAUUAUUUUCUUGAUGCAGUCGAGCACAAAAAGCUGAAUACAAUUUUGUAUUUUACGAUGUUGUGUUUUAAGGUAGAAGUGGUGAUUAAAAAAAGAAUGGUGCAACUCUCAAGAAUAUGACAAAUAUUACAAUGUUGCAUCAGUUCCUCCUUUAUUUCUUCAAACUGGAGAGUAGCGUCAUGGCGAGAAGACAACCACUUGUAUCAAAUCAUUAUUACAAGAUUUUUGACUGUUGCCUGUUAUUUGACAAUGCUCAUUCAUUCCUCUGACUCACUGAGAGUAGUUUGGCUUAGAACUUUUGUAACUGAAAAAUAUAAAAUAGCUGUUCAAGUAACAAUCAAAUUAAACUUUCAAAAAUGUCAACACUAAAUUCACAGCAUUGAAAAUAAUGCAUGCAAUUCAUAGACCAAUCCAAUUCUUCAUCAUGUCUUUAGAAACAUGUUAUCUGGUAAAUGAAAAAUACUUCAUGUAAUAUUUGGAGCGGUUUGGAUACAUUUUUGUAAUACCAAUCCAACACUUAUAAACCGAUAACAAACAGGAAAAGCUGAAUCACUGGUGUACUUAUGACCACCUCCUUUCGAAAUCUAAGGCUCCCAUACAGUUACCGUUUUCGUACAACCAGUGUUACAUUUUGUUUGCAUUACUAUAGCGCGUAAUUACCACUAUAAACAUUCUGAUACAUAUUAAGGAACGGUCCGCAUGUAUAUACCAAGGUAGAAAGCAAGUACCUAGUUAAUUCAUUAUUUAUUAUACAAAUCAAAACACGUUUUAUAAGAUAUCUUUACGUAAAGGUAAACCAGUAUUUCUCUUUGCCUUAGAGUUAUCUGUUAAACAUCAAGUUGUUUGGUACAAGGAAAGGAUACCCUAGUUAUUUAAAGGCACACCCAGCUUCAAUACAGUCUAGUUUUAGGUGAAGUCGCCUUUCCUUCCACUAAUCAACUAUUAUGCAUUUGUAUAAUGUUUUUAUUAUCCAAGAACUGUUCACUGUUCGUUUUAUAUAUAAAACUGAACAAAACUAUUUUUUUUAUUUUAUAAUAAAACAAAAUUCCAUAAAACUUGUCUAUUUGAU